AUGUGGCUCCACCUGCAGAUCUACAACGUGUUUCCAGUGCUUAGGCCGUGGCUGAAGAACUGGAGACUGCUAAUGGAAUGUGUGGAUAAAUACCAUGCUGAAAUACAGGUGCUGGUGGAUCGCUUACGGGAGACCUUUAACCCUCUCGACUGCAGAGGAUUAGUUGAUGCCUUCUUCAUCCAAAAACAAAGCUUAGAGAAAUCUGGAGAAAAUGAUUCGCAAUUUAAUGAUCUGAACCUGCUCAUGACUGUGUCCGACCUGUUUUCUGCCGGUACUGACACCACCGGCACAACGCUACGCUGGGGUUUACUGCUCAUGGCCAAAUAUCCUCACAUACAAGAUCGGGUUCAUGAGGAAAUUGACAGGGUGCUUGACGGACGUGAACCGGUUACAGAGGACAGGAAGAAUUUACCUUACACAGACGCUGUGAUCCAUGAAAUCCAGAGACUGGCGAAUUUAGUGCCCUUAAAUGUGCCACAUAAAACCAGCUGUGAUGUGAACUUCAAUGGAUAUCUCAUCAAGAAGGGGACGUGUGUUCUACCACUGCUGACGUCUGUUUUGAGAGAUGAGAGCGAGUGGGAGACGCCCGACACUUUUAACCCUGAACACUUCCUCAAUGAGAACGGUCAGUUGAUCAAACGUGACGCCUUCAUGCCCUUUUCUGCAGGUCGCAGGGUUUGUUUAGGAGAGGGUUUGGCCAGGAUGGAGCUCUUUCUGUUCUUCACUUCUCUUCUUCAGUGUUUUCACUUCACUCCUCCACCUGGAGUCUCUGAAGAUGAAUUGGAUCUCACACCAGUUGUGGGUCUCGUCUUGAAUCCCUCACCACACAAACUGUGUGCAGUCAGUAGGGUAGAAAAACAAAAGGCUAAAUAACUAGAUAAAAAUAUACCUCAUAAAGGUUGUAAAACAUAAAGACUCUUAAAGUGGCGUCCAGUGACUUCUUUUUCAAGGGCACACGACUGCAAAGUUUGUCAAAACGUGUAGCUCAUCAUGUCAAAAUAUGCGUUUGGUGGGUCAUGUGAACCUAUGUGCACCACACAUCAUGCAAAAUACGUGCUUGCUGGAGAUGCUUCUAAAGGGUUUAUGAUAAAAGAGACACGUUUGCGAUAGUGUCUUGCGAGUAUUUUGUAAACCUGAGCGCCUCUUUUAUCAUAAACCCGUUCGAUGCGUGUGCAGCAGGCACGUAUUUUGACAAGACUCAUUAUGCACAUAAGUUUACAUGACGCACCGAACACAUAUUUUGAAAUAUUUUGCAUUUUGAAGCAAACGCUAUCUGACAAAGCUUGCGCUAUUUAAUGUGCAAUUCCGGUUUACGAUACCUCUGAGUUGUCCUAGACGCGACUCAACGCAACACUGAGCGGCCGGUGUGCGACCCCCUUUAGACUUUUAUAUUAUCUCAUUAGCUUCUACAUUACACAUGUAUAUUCUGUGCCCAAACAUAUUCAAUUGUAUUUUUUGUUGGAGUAAAAAUAUAUGUGCUGUAUAAAUAUUUGUAGAUCAUUUAUGCAUUUGACAGAUACUUGUAUGCAAACUGAUUUACAGGGCAUUUAAGCUAUACAUUUAUCAGUAUUUGUGUUUACUGGGAAUCAAACCCAUGAUCUUCUCGCUGCUAACCCAAUGAUCUAGCACAGUGGUUCCCAACCUUUUUAGCCCUAAGUACCCCCACAGCCCUAUCAGUAAGGCUCAAGUACCCCUUCAUCGAAACUAAACCAAAAUUGUAAUUUAAAGACAAAUAAUUAGUAAUAUUAAUUAAUUAAUUUUAAACAUUAAAGUAAAAAUCACUGACAGAUGAAGCAUGUUUAUUUCAACAAACCACCAUCAUUGCGAUCAGUGUUUGCAUUUUAUCAGUUCAUUUGCAUUUUAAAAGACACACCCAAAACGGCACAUUUUUGCUCAGGCCUAUAAAAUGUCAAUUUUGACAUGCUAUAAUUAAUUAUCUGUAGGGUGUUUUGAGAUAAAACUUCACAUACGGACUCUGGGACCGCCAAAGACUUAUUUUACAAAUGUAAAAAAUUUCAUCAUAUGACCCCUUUAAGGGCCAGAUUUAGUAACAGCUUGCGCAAACCACAAUUUUGGCGUUAAUAACGACUGAUCUGAAUAAAGACACGCAGUAGAAAUUUAUCUCUGAAAAGGUGUCACUUUUGCGACCUUAUUGCAUAUGCAUUUGAAGAAGUUUUCCUUUUAGGAGCAACAUUAAUGUGAGGAGAGUAUUAAAUUUUGCCAGAGGAACAUACUUUUUUUAAAAAAUAUAUAUAGUUUUGCCAAACCUAUGCUAUGUUUAAUUUGCUGGAGAAAAGAGGAGGAGAAGUCACGAGGAGAAGUCAAAUCAGGUUUUUCAAAACUUCGAGAAGUCAAAUCAGGUUUUUCAAAACUUAUUUUACCCUUCAUCUUUCGUCCUCCGGUUCUUAGUGUGCUUUUAGCUGGAAUUUCACACUCCGCAGUCCGCAUUUUCAUUGCGAUGUCCUGGCAAGGUCUCUUGUGCGCUUUUGCAGUAAAUCACACGCAAAUCGUUCUUGAGUUGGACAUCGCUAAUGCGUUUUGGAGCAUGCAGCGCAUUUACUCAGGACGGCUAAUAAUAUUAAUGAUAAGAUUAAAACGACAUUUAAAGUAGUCCUUUUUACAAUGCUUUCCUCACAAAAAUCAAUCUUAUGUCAAUGACUGGACAAACGAAAGACAUUUUAAUUAAAAGUAAAUGAGAUCAAAGCAAAAUCUAAAUCUUUUCGCGUACCCCCUGGAAACUCUUCACGUACCCCCUGGGGUACGCGUACCCCCGGUUGGGAAUCACUGAU